UGACCGUCGGUUCAUAUAAAAAGCUCUUUAGAAAAACAAUUUGAACCGAUUCUGUUCCCCGUAUAAAAAGUCGAUUUUGCGCUAAUGAUUUCAAUAUCUGAUUGUUCAGCGUUCACUCUCUAUCAUAAGAGGAUUCUGAUGUCCAAGCUUUCAGAUCGAGAAAAGUUAAGUUUAUUAUCGUUCUUUACAAGCUAUCUGGCUGAAAUGGGUCAAUAUGUCUAUAUGAGGGAAAGAGAACGCAACCAAGAAAACGAUACAAAAAAAAACAGAUAUAUAUGAUUGAUGAAAAAGUACUCAUAACGUAAAACAAAAAUGUGUAAGAGAAACGAUAAUAUUAAAGUCUUUCGUAAGAGUACAAAUCAACGACAAUCAUAUGUAAGCUUAAGUUUUAUGUAACGGCCUUUUCCUGGACAAACGUCGUUCGCAGUGAAACAAAAAUUAUCAGUCAAUAUUUUUGAUGAUACUCCACGAUAUAUAAGGGAAUCGGUUAACAUUAUUAAAUUUUAGAUGACAACACCCCUCCUUGUUAUGAGAAGACUGUGUUGCUAUGUUUAAUUUCGUGUUUCAAGAUUUUUAGAGUGAUUGAUAAUUAGGAUGAAAAAACAUCCCGACUAUAUUUAGUCAAAUACUAUUUCUUUUUUUAUAGGGUGAGCCGCCUACAAGACCACCCAGAGCACCAUCAGCCACAACAUCAUGUGAGUCUUGUAGGCAGCUUCUAGAGGAACUAGCAGAAUUACGGCAAGUGAUACAACAACAACAACAAGAAAUAACACGAUUUCGUCAUCGCGCCGUUCUUCGUCGUAUUCGUUUUACGCAUCGUGGUCGAUAA